ACCCCGCCUUUUUUCACUUGCGACGGCAGGCUAGUGUUUACAAACAAUCUCUGGGCCAUUGCUUUCUUUCUCCUUCCCGUGUAGCCUUAGGAAGGACUGUAAAGGAAACGUUUUGGAAAUCAACCAUUUCGACGUAUUUUAAGAAUGUUUCAUCCAUCAUGAGCCAGCUCAGACAGAGCAAAAAGGAAGGCCCUCAUCCGCACGUGCCAAAUCCCGAAUCCUCCCAGUCUGUGCCUUCAAAGAGCGAUGCUUCUGCUGAACCACAGUGCAUUCCCAGCUCAAAGAAAAACAGACCGGUGUCUCCUGCAACCAGCAAUGUUUCUAUGAAGAGUGAGGGCUCCAUCUUUGAGCCUCCCAACUUCAGCGCUGAUUUAAAAUCGGUGUCUACUGUGACCAGCCAUGUGCUUAUGAAGAGUAAGGGCUCCAUCUUUGAGCCUCCCAACUUCAGCAAUGACCCACCUUGUGUAAACCCAGAGGAAGACAGCCCUGUAACCAGCCAUGUUUCUAUGAAGAGGGAGGGUUCCAUCUUUGAGCCUCCAAACUUCAGUGGUGAUCUAAACCCAGAGAGAGACAGAUCAGUGUCUCCUGUAACCAGCCCUGUGUUUGUAAAGAGUGAAGGGUCCAUCUUUGAGCCUCCCAACUUCAGCGGUGAUCGAAAGCCACAGAAGAAACACAGAGCAAAGUCUCCUGUCUCCAGCCAUGAGUUCAGUCCAAAGCGAUUUCGGUUGGAAGCUCCUGAGUUGCCCAGGGACUCAAGUGACUCUAGACACCAGCUAACUGAUCAGACUUCACUGACUGUGAGCAAAGCAAUGGAUGAUGACAUCCUGAAGGAAGUUUCAGUAAACAACAAGGACAAUCUCAAGAGGUGGUUAGAAAACAUACGGGAAUGUGUGUUGACUCCAGCCACCCAGACACCUCACAAGAGUAUUUACAUAGACCUCUAUGUCACAGAGGGAGAGAGUGAAGGUUUGAAUCAGGAACAUGAGGUUUUGCAGGUAGAGUCAGCAUCCAGAGCUCCAGGCUUUGAAGAGUCAUCAAUCGACUGCAAAGACAUCUUCAAUCCUUUACACGGACAGAAGGGACCCAUCCGAACUGUGCUUACGAAAGGUGUGGCUUGCAUAGGAAAGACAGUCUUUGUUCAGAAGUUCAUUAUUGACUGGGCAGAUGGGAAAGCCAAUGAAGACCUAGACUUUGUGUUUUUUCUUCCUUUCCGAUGGCUGAAUAGGAUCAAAGACUCUCAGUACAGUCUCCACCAACUCCUGCUGAAAUUCCACCCUGAGCUAGAAAAGCUGAAGGACAAUUCUAAACUCAAAGACUGUCAGAUUUUAUUCAUUUGUUUUGCUUUGCACGAGAGCAGUUUCCCAUUGAAUUUCCAGGAAAACCGGAUGCUCUCUGAUGUAUCAGAGGUAGCCACAGUGGACACACUUAUAACAAGCCUUAUUCAGGGCUCUCUGCUCCCAUCUGCCCACCUCUGGAUAACAUCACGGCCAGUUGCAAGUGAUCAAAUUCCUCCCAAGUACAUCAGCAGAGUAACAGAAGUACAGGGUUUCAGUGACACAAAGAAGGAAGAGUAUUUCAGACAGAGAAUCAGAGAUGAGGGUAAAGUCAAAAGAAUCCUUGCCCACGUUAAGUCAUCAAGAAGCCUCAGCAUCAUGUGUCGCCUGCCUGUUUUCUGUUGGAUUGCAGCCACUGUUCUUCAGCAGAUGCUGGAAGAGGGGACCAGUGAGAGACCCCCAACAACUCUGACUGAGAUGUUUGUGCAGUUUUUGCUGAUCCAGACUACCAGAAGCAAGCAAAUAUAUCAAGCUAGGAACAGCCAAGAAAGCCAAAAUGCAUUGGAAUCACAAAAAGAUGUCAUAAUGAAGUUGUCUCACUUUGCCUUCAGGCAUCUUUUGAAGGGAAACUAUAUGUUUUCAGAGGAGGAGGUAAAGGAAUGUGGCCUUGAUGUAAAUGAUGUCCUGGUGCGCUCUGGACUCUGCACUGAUGUCCUCAAAGGAGAAUCUUUAAGUUUUGGGAAAAUGUACACUUUUGUGCAUGUGACCGUCCAGGAGUGUCUUGCUGCCCUGUAUGUGUUUGCAUGUUAUAUCAACAAGACUGAGGAGGGGCUGAAACAUUUUCUCCAAAGUAAAUCCAAGAUCUCACUGAAAGAUAUGUCACUAGAUGAGCUACUCAAGGGUGCAGUGAACAGAGCCUUAGAGAGCAAGAGUGGGCACCUUGAUCUGUUUGUGCGCUUUCUACACGGCAUCUCCCUGGAUUCCAAUCAAAAGCUCUUAAAAGGCCUUCUUCUGACACGCACAGAACACAACCCUGAAAGUGUCAAGAAAACUAUUCGAAAUCUGAAGGAGUUGAAGAGACCAAACAUCUCCCCAAAUCGAUGGAUCAACCUCCUCCAUUGUCUGGUGGAAAUGAAUGAUUCGUCUGUGCAUAAAGAGGUCCAAUCUUAUUUAAAAUCAGAGAGAGGUGCUGUACAAAAGCUCAAACUUGCUCACUGCUCGGCUUUGGCCAACGUGCUGCUGAUGGCAAAAGAUCCUCUGGAUGAGUUGGAUUUGAAGAAAUACAAGGCAUCAGAUGAGGGUCGGAGAAGACUGAUUCCAGCUGUGCAGUGUUGCAAAAAGGCUCUGCUGUCUGGCUGUAAACUCACAGAGAAGUGUUGUGAGGUGGUGGCCUCAGCUCUUGAGUCUGCCCACUCCCACCUGAGAGAGCUGGACCUGAGUCACAAUAACCUGCAGAAGUCUGAGGAGAUACUCUUCAGAGGGCUCCAGAGUCAACACUGCAAACUGGAGUCACUGAGUCUUGCCAAAUGUAAUCUGACAGUGGCCUCCUAUAAAUCCUUGGCUUCAGUCCUGCAAGCAGCACACUCCCCCCUGAGAGAGCUGGAUCUGAGUAAAAAUCCCUUGGAAGACUCUGGAGUUGAACACCUCUCCUCUGGGCUAAGAAGUCCAAACUGCCGUCUACAGACACUGAGGUUGGUAGCCUGUGGCAUCACAAGGAAAGGCUGUGAGCUUCUGGCUUCUGCCUUGAGUGGAAACCCAGCCUCCAACCUGAGAGAGCUAAACAUCAGUGAGAAUAAACUAGGAGAGGCAGAAGUCAAGCUGCUCUCACAGAUAAAGAAGAUCCAAACUCUGUGCUGAGGACAGUCAUGUAAGGCAAUAAAUCAUCGUUCUUGUGAGAUACACAUGCUCUGUUUUUUUGUGUAAGUUGUAUAUAUAAUAGACAAACAUGAAAUAAUCACCAUGAGGAUGAUGUCAGAUGUAAGCGUAGAUGAAGUAUACAUCUUGGUCAUACUCUGGAGAUGUGUCUGUGGAGAGUUGUGUCUAAAUCUAGGUGAUGUUGUGGUCUUUGGGGAUGUAGCUGUAUUUUAUGUAUUUACUGUACAGUAUUCUGUGUGUCUGGGUGCUAUGUGUGCAAUCAGUGUGUUGUUACCUUGUCUGCAGAUACACCUGAGCUCACCAUUUUUCACGUUGCAAUAUCAAGCUGUUAUUCACUUCAUGUGUGUCUGCUAGCAACUCAGUGCAGCUGGCAGCCUCUUCAUUUUGUUAGGAGAGUUUAGUUCCAGUCAGGUUUCAGAAUGGGUUUGAACAGAAUAAGCUCCUACAGCACCUAUGCUGAGCUCUCACCUUGUCCUGCUGAUGUCCUGCUUGAGCUCACCGGCCAUGGAUCCUUCUGCUUGGGCUGGCCCAUAGAUAGAAGAUUUAUGGUGUGGUUGUGUAGCAAUGGGUAUCUUUCAGGAGUAGAGCCCGAUUCCAGUACCCAGUUCCGGUUGAUUUCAAUUCUGCCUUUUAAUAGUGCUUGCAGAUCAGCGUAGAGCAGACUAUUUGAAAUAAUUUCUAGGCUUUGUUUUGGAGUCUACAAACAGGUGAUAAACUAAUAAUAAUGAUAAUAUUAUGAAUCAUAAUACUCAUAAUCAUAAUAACUAAUUAUCUUGUCAUUGUUUUCAAUGAUAAAGGGGCUAUUGUGUUUUAUAAAAUGAUAGGCAUAACCAAAUAGUUUUUUUUUAAACAAUUCCUGAAUUAAUUUGAUUCUAUGAUACUCUGAUAUUUUAUGCUCUCAUGUGUUUAAAGUUUGAGUUUUCCAUUUUUGAGGUAGAAAUUAACAUAUUAUGUAAAUACUACAAUGGAAAAUAUAGUCUUCCUAUAUAGUCUAUCCUCUGCCCAUGAGUACAUACUGGCAUCAGCCAUAAUCUCAGCUACUCAAGUAGCUCUUUGCCAGGCCAGUGGUCAACAGUGGUCUGACUCCACCCCUUACAUCACAUACAAAAU